UGGCUUUCUUACGAAUCCAGCUAAUGGUGCAGUUGACAAUAGUGAAGGUACGACAUACCUGUCAAAUGCUUUAUUCACAUGCAACAUUGGCUAUUCUUUGGUUGGAUCCAGUACAAGAAGAUGUCAGGCGUCCGGGACUUGGAGUGGUAUGGACCCAGUGUGUCAAAUAAAUGAUUGCGGGAUGUUAAGUAAUCCUGCUAAUGGCAAUGUUGAUAUUUCUUCUGGUACAUCAUACGGCAUUAUGGCAUCUUACUCGUGUGACUCAGGAUUUGAGCUUAAUGGUGUACUUCAGAGAACUUGUCAGGCGGACGGCACGUGGAGUUUGUCUGCUCCAACCUGUGACAGGCCAGCUACAACAACCACUACAUCCACUACAAUAACAACAUCUGCCUCUACAACAACGACUGAACCUGCCACUGCAACAACAACAACACCUACCAGUAAAACUUCAUCCCAGACAACACCAACAACAACAACACCACCUGUCACUACAUCAUUGACCACUUAUUUAAGUGAUGAAAUGAUUGUAGUUAUUGCUGUUGUUAUUGUUGCUGUACUUGUAAUAGCUUUAGUCGGGACAGUUAUCUUUGUUUGUUUGUUUUAUCGACUACGAAGGGGUGGCAGAAAACCUACAAGCCAUAAAAGACACAAACAAGGAAAUUGUAACAAAGACAAUUUGAGACCAGUCGAGCAACAUCAGCAGCAGCUUUAUAUAUUAAAUGACAGAGGUCGUGAAGAGGAAUUAAACCAUAAGGAGACAAUGAGGUCACGAUCAUUACGUAAUGAUGAUGGGUAUAAAUGCUAUGAUGGGUUUCACUGCGGAAAUCAUGUCAAACAGAAGGCUGUGAACAAGGGUGAUAGAAAUCUCAGCAGAUUAUAUUACAAGGAAUCGUUUCCAAGGUUUGAUGACUACUGUUCAUAUACAAAGGAGCAUGUUUAUCCGUCACAUACAAGUGGAUAUGAGUACAGACCAUAUUACCAUGGAGACAGCAGAGGACAGGAAAAUCGCCAACAUUCCUCUUAUUCAGUCUAUUCUACACAACAGGAAUACAUUUAUUCUUAAUAUUCAUACAUGGGAUAUUGAGAUAAUAAUAGAUAUCAAUAGAGAUUUACAAUUGAUGGCAGUAAUCAAAAUAUAUUUAUUUGUGGUACAUGUAUAUGUUCAAUUUUAAUCACAUCUGACAGAAUUAAAACAGAUAUGCAAUUAUGUUCUUUUUAUAAGCCUGAUGGCUUACCAAAUAGGGAUAACUGUUAACAAAACAA